ACUAGUAAAGAACAACAUGAAUCAUCUAGCAAAUAUUGUAUUUUCUAUUUUAAUAACUAUAUUUUUCGUAAACUCUUCAGCUCAAAAUAAUACUAGCAUUCUUGAAAGUGCAAAAAUUAAUGACAUUGCUAAAGCACUAAUAAAAGUACUUGGAGUAAAUCCAGAUGUAAGUAAUUUAACAAGAAUAGAAGAAUUAAAGGAAAAACUGAAGAAAAUCGAUAAUUAUGCGAUUGAUAAAGAUAAAUACGCUCUUUUACUCACCAAUGUGACAAUGGAAACCACUUUGAAUGAAACUAAUUUCUUCAAAUCACUAUACGAAGACGAUAGUUUGAAAUUUCUACAAAAUACAGAAUCGAAAAAUUUGUUUUUGAAACUGAAAGAAAAAAUGAACAGAGACGACAUUCUAAAGAUUAUAGCUGAAAGAGGGCAAGAUAAGAAAAUAGUGAAAUCAGCAAGGAAAGCGAUGAGAGAAGAUUACUUCGGAUCAAAUAAAGCUGAAGCUAUUUUAGAUGAUGUUGUUGAUAAACUACUAAGCGAAACUCCGCGAGAUAAACACAAGUUCAACAUGAAUGCUAAUGAUAGCAAGUACUGGGACCCUCAAGGCGAGCUAGAAGACCUCCAAGAGUACCAUCGCCACGACGGGCGGCGCAUCUUCAAGGGGGAGCGCACCACCGUCAGAUACUACCCAUUCAUGGUGUCGGUGCACGUCAUGGGUCGCUUCUGGUGCGGCGGCGUGUUGUACUGGCACGAUCUGGUGCUGACCUCUGCUGCUUGCUUGCAGUUGAUGCAUAACAACCGCUUCUUCCGCGAAAACCCAAGAGUGCUGCAAGUGAGGAUCGGCAGCAAUCACAGCAGGAUCGGCGGAGAGAUGGUUGAUGCGUUGGAGGUUUAUUUCCACCCCGGCUACAACCCUCGGACUUUGCGCAACAACAUCGCCGUGAUCCGGCUCCGCAGGCACCUGAACUUCAACUACCAUCGGAUCCCGAAGAUCAUCGCUAUCUCUGAUAGCCCCUACACAGUGGCGCCCACUGCUGAGGUCUUGCUCACGUACACCGUGGAGCCCACUGCUGAGGUCUUGCUGCUGGAAUGGAGUGUCACUAAGGUACAUUUACUGCAGGCUCUUGAAGAUUAUAUCGCAUUGUCAUCACCACGUAAUUUGCUUAGAGUCUACGGCAGAAGCACAACCCUCUCAAAACCAGAGGCAAAUGAAGGACACCUGAACUUCAACUACUACAACCGGAUCCCCAAGAUCAUCUCCAUCUCGGAAUGCCCUUACACCGUGGCGCCCACUGCUGAGAUCUUGCUGCUGGGAUGGGGUGUCACUAAGAUGUCACAGAAAAUGUCUUACGAGCCAGUUUACCUCCAGCGGAAGUUCUUACCAGUGUAUCCAAACACUUUCUGCAAGGAGGUGUAUGGCGACAAAUUCAUAACGCAAACCAUGUUCUGUGCCGGCACGUUUACUACUGGAGAAGGAGCGUGUGAUCACGACGCAGGCGGGCCAGCGAUCCUAGCUGGUAAACUAGUGGGCAUCAUCUCCUUCGGCCCGUCAGUAUGCGGGUACCCUAACGCACCCACUGUAUUCACGCUGGUCGGCGCCUUUUCUGACUGGAUCGAGACUGUCAAUGAGACCAUGCCAGACUACUACCGCGCAAGAGCCCGGUCCACGACCACAACCAGGAGGCCCAUCUUCGAAUACCUGGGCACCAUAUUCAACACUCCUCCCCCCACCGAGGCACAGGGAAUCGAGAUCCGCCCGCUAAAGUUGAUCACCUUAGAAGCCACGCCACCUACCGUACCCACCGAGGUGACCACUGAAUAUGUCGAGGAGGAAACCACCGAGCCUCCAGGGUUGAGGUUCUUGAAGGAUCAGUUCAGUGACGCAGACUCUUGGGGUGAUAAGAAAUAAAGGUUUGUUGUUUUA